UAAAACUAUAUUCGUGCUGAAGACUCGCGGUUCGGGUUUGUCGUUGCUUCAUUUUAUAGAGAUCCAUAACCGGAAGUGUCGUUUCCAGCUUGACGGCGCUGAAAGGCUGCCAAACAGAGGCUGACUGAUGCUGCCCGCUGCGGUCUCCCUCAAUGAGCCGAGGCCGAGCUGAACUUUCACAUCUCCUCCUCCGCCGUCUGGGUCCAUAGAACCGAACCCGAAAAAACGCUUCUUUUUUUUCCUCAGAUGCUCCACAGCCAUUUUAAACUGAGCAUCCCUCUGUGGGAGAUCUGAAAUAAUAAUAAUAUUACUAAUAAAAAAAAAUUAAAUAAAAUCCCUCCGGGUCUGCGGGAGGAGCGGGUCUGAACUGAGGAGAUGCCUGACGGGUGGCUCGGUUCUUCUGGGCAUCCCGAGCAUCGAUUAGCGGAGAAAUGCUGAAGUUUAGCGGCAGCUCGGUGGUCGCGGCGCUGCUCAUCGCGGUGGUUUUCGGCGCUUUCUUCUUCUGCGAGUAUCUCAUCUACUUCCCGACCAUCCUCAAGUGCGCCUGGCCGAAGCUGAGCCGUGCCCGGGGCGGAGAGGGCACCGACGGGCGGCCGGCGGACGCAGCGGUCCGCGCCAUGGUGCUUUCGGACACCCACCUCCUCGGAGCGGUGGGGGGACACUGGUUCGACAAGCUCAGGAGGGAAUGGCAGAUGGAGCGGGCUUUCCAGACCGCGCUGUGGCUGCUCAAGCCCGAAAUAGUCUUUAUUCUCGGGGAUAUCUUCGACGAAGGCAAGUGGAGCUCCCAGAAGCACUGGGAGGACGACGUGCGCCGCUUCCACAGGAUGUUCAGGCACUCCUCGGACACAGAACUGGUCGUACUGGUCGGCAAUCACGACAUCGGGUUCCAUUAUGAGAUGGACUGGUUCAAGCUGCAGCGCUUUGAGAAGGUCUUCAACGCCUCCUCCACCAGGAUUGUUACCAAAAAGGGAGUCAACUUCUUGCUGGUGAACAGCGUGGCGCUGCAUGGCGACGGCUGCCCCAUCUGCCAGUCGGUGGAAAAGGACCUGAUCAAACUCUCCAGAGACCUCAACUGCUCGCUUCAGAAGUCGCAGUCUGACGGUGAAGAGACAGAGAACUGUGAGGGCUCCCAGUUCUAUCCUCCCACCGCCCCCAUCAUGCUGCAGCACUACCCGCUGUACAGAGUGAGCGACGCCAGCUGCACGGGGCAGGACGCCGCGCCGCCUGAGGAGCGCCACCUGCUGUUCAGAGAGAAGUACGACGUGUUGUCAAAGGAGGCCUCCCAGCGGCUGCUGCAGUGGUUUAAGCCGCGGCUCAUCCUGAGCGGACACACCCACAGCGGAUGUGAGGUUCUCCAUGACAACAAGUACCCAGAAAUCAGCGUGCCGUCUUUCAGCUGGAGGAACAGGAAUAACCCCAGCUUCAUCCUGGCGUCGGUGUCGCCCGGCGGUCACUCCCUGUCCAAAUGUUUCCUCCCGGAGGAGAGCACGGUGAUCGGGGUGUAUUGCUCGGCCGGAGCCGGGCUGCUGCUGCUGCUGCUGGCGCACUGUCUGUGGAUGAAGGGGCUGCUGCAGCUCAGCCUCUGCCUGCUGGGGAAGCACAAGUCUCUGUGAACUACGUUACCCAGAGUGCACCUCGCCUGGUAACAUACCCGGGUGUCCGUCCGCACAGCCUCUGUUUGUUGAAUCAUGUGAAGGAUACAAGUAUAUUUAUAUCUAUAUAAAUGUGUAAAUCAGUGCUGGCAUUGAUGAUGAUAAUCGGUUUUAAAGUCGGACAUUUGUCGGGCUGGACAUGUAAAUAAACGCUGCUGUGAGUUGGAGCUGCCAAUCAUGAUUUAUUUCAUUUUAAUUAUUUUAUUUUUAAAAUCUGUUCUUGAUGUCAGACCAUCCGUCACCGCUGCUCGUUGUUUUUUAUGAUCUGUAUGUAUUUAAUCAAGACUUUCUGUGCCAAAUUGUUGACAAGUUUCUGAUGAGAUGUUCUUAAUAAAGAGUUUUCUGGUGGAAAAAACGAAGCAGAGAACAAGAAAACUG